AUGAAUAUAAUUCAGUUGGAAAAUCUUCUAUUUCAUCGUCAAGAAAACAAUCAAUUCAAACCAAGACAAUAUGGGCCGGAUGAAAUAGUUAUUAAUUGGAAUGAUCCACAAACAGUAUUUCAGGCAUUUGAAUCAGAUUAUUUUGAUAUAAUUCUUCAAGGACUCUUUGAUUUUUCAAAUGACAUCAAUAAUCUUGAUGUGUUUAUAAAUUAUAUACCACAAUUAAUUGAUUAUUUACUAAUUUUUUCAGAAAAUCAACAGCAUUACGUUCAAGACUAUGCAAAACAUAUUCUUGUCAAACUUUUUUAUGCUCAUGAUGAUUCUGAUAUGACAGAUUUUAGAAAAGCAGCAUAUGAUUAUCUUUUCUCGCUCUCUCAAAAUCUUAAUACUGAUAUUAAAUUCUAUAUGCUCUUAUCAAAGCUAUUUGAACAAUCUCUAGCUAUUAAACAAUACAUUUCUCUUAAUCCAUUGCUUGAAACUAUCAUUGAUACAAAUCCUCAAAUAUUAUCGCUUGAAAACCUUAAAUAUUAUGCAUCAACUCUCAAAUAUUUACUAAGUGACUCUCAGGUAAUGCCAGGAGAUAAGCUUUCAAGAAUAGUUAAGAAAAUUUUUGAAAUUUUAGAUUUUUGUUCAGACGAAAAUGUCCAAAACGACUGUACACAGAGUUUAAACUACUUUACAAGUGAUGUAAACCGGACAUCAAGCUUUAUCACCUCAAAAUACGUUCAAAAAUUGUUAAAUUUAUUCCCAAAUACGAAUCCUAUAUCAAAAGGACACAUCCUUGUUAUAUUUAGUAACUGUUACGGAUGUCCAAUUUCAUCACUUCAGCAUUCAAUAAAAGAAUUAAUACCUUUGAGCAGUUUCUCUUCGUUUCUUGAAGAUGAGAGUGAUAUUGUUAGGUUAAACACAAUUAUCGCUUUAUUUAAUUGCUUCCAAAAUGAUGAAAUGACAAUUUCUGAAGCAUAUGAAUCAGGAAUUCUUGAAAAACUGUUUUCUCUCAUACAAAUAGAAAAUUUCUCAACGACAAAGCAAAUAGUUAGAUGUCUGUUGAUCGCUGCUCAAUCAGCAACUUCAGAAAUUUUCAAAAUGUUUGAAAAUCAAAAUUUUAUAGAAUAUUUAGGGGAAUUGUUAACCAAUGGCGAUGAUUAUCUUGUUGACAUUGUUAAAUCAUUUGCCAUUCUAUAUAAAGAAAGAAAAGAAUCAGGAUAUCAAUUUGAUGAAAAUUUGAUUGAUUAUCUUGAGCUGUUUAUUGAUUCAUGUGAUCUAGAAUAG